GCCAAGAAAUUGCUUCGACUAAGUAUUACGAAAGCGAUAUCCCACAUCGCCUACCCGCAGUACGGCAUCGCCGCUCGCUACUCCAGCCUCUUCCUCUGUCAUCUUCAACUCAAGAUUCGCCGCCUUUUCAUUCUGGAAACCUCCAAUCUUCUGAAUUUCUUGUGUUUACACCACCCUAAUACUAGUGUUGUUGUCGUUCUUACGUUUAUGCCAACAGCGCUCGUCCUGGGUCUUCGCCGUUUGCCUUGCAUCUGUCGGUCUGCUCUCUUCUUGGCGGGCUCGCCAUCAACCGCCGUCACUCGUUCACGAUGAUCCUCCCACACCGAUCACCACUGGUUCUCCGGUCAAUCGACAAUGACCUCAGUUUAAGGAGGGUUUUUCGCAGAAGUAAUGACAAAGGGCCGACACAAGGUUACCUCAUAAUCAUUGGCAUAGUCGUAGUCGCUAUCGUAGCGAUUGCUGGAAUUUUCAUCUGUGCGAGGAGAAAGAACAGGGCGAACAACGGGAAGAAGCGAGGCGGCUACCAGCAAACCGAUGGCAAUGAACGUGUAUCAUCGAGAUAUUCCGCAGCUCUAGCUCGUGCUCUCCAGCCACCCCCCAAUUUCGAUACGGCGAUCUCAGAAGCAAAUAGGGCGAGGGAAAGGCAAGCGACCGUAGACAGGAAUACGUCAAUCCGGUCGAUAAUGACGUUACCUGCCUAUCGAACAAAAGCCAAUGAAAACGAACGGGUGCUAGGUCGUGAGGGUGAGCGAGAUGGCGUGGACGUGGUGGUGGAAUUGCCUAAUGCCGAGGAAGAGGAGGCUCUGCGCGAGAACGAAAUGGAGACGAUGUAUCGGAUUCGCCUGGCCAGACGACAGGCAAUUGAAGAGAGAGAAGAGCGGAGGCGGUUACGGAGAGAGGCAAGGGAUCGUGGCGAUAUGGUGGCUCUCGCCGAACUCAGCCAGCGCCAAAGUGCUGCCAGUCAUUCCAGUACCGUCGAAGAGUUGCGCGAGGAGCAAGAGCGGAUACGAAUCCAACGCCAGCAGGCCGUGUCAAGUGUGAGCUACGCUGAUCUCGGUGUUGCCAGGCUUGACGGCACGAGGCUUCGUGCCAACAGCGCAGAGAGCGAAAGGGUCGGAUUGUUGUCGGAUGCAGCUAGCAUUACAUUAUCGACACAUCGCCGCGAACGAAGUGCCAGCUCUGUGCUGAGCUUCGACAGCAACCAGGAAUUCCCUUCGCCCGGCCUACCGCGAUGCAGCGCAACGACGCCGCAGUUGCAAGCCCAGCACACGGGUGGCUCGCAGCGCUCGGGCCGUGCCGGAUCCAGCCCCGAGAUGAUCGAGGCGGACUUAGGCGAUGAGGGCAUGCCGCCGCACAGCCCGCCGGGCUACGAUGAUGUGAGCUUGGAUGAUACUCCUCGGUCAGGUGCCACUACGCCACUAUUUAACGAGCCACCACCCGAGUACUCAGGCCCGACGAUGCGGGAUCGCAGGCUCAGCGCUCAUGCGCCAAGUAUGAUGCACAGCCCCGAUCUGGAUGAUGGAGAUCUGUCAAGGAGGUCGAGUCACACCUCGGCGGGCCCAUCGGCACGUUCAUCUAGGGGUGUUGGUGGGGCUCCUCAACUUCCUAGUUUGAGGCUCACCACGGGACUACCCCAGAUAAUUGUCGAGCCGUCGAGUGCGCAUCCGAGGUCUAGAAGCGGGAGCGAACAGCGGUGACCUCCCAUGCGAUGCGGACAACACUAAAAUGAAUUUGGGUCGCGAGAGAAUGACCAGCACCGACAUUUUCAAGCCGGGGCUGAAACCAAUGGCAUACAGAAUACCAACCCCCAAGACGCAAUACCAAACGAAUAACGGCACGAAGAGAAAGAAACACGAAGUCGGCCGAACUCAACCGAACCUACCUAACCUACCUUACCAAACAGAGCACUCGACGGGACCAUGCCGCAUCGAUUGCUAGUGUCCCAAUGCAUAAAAUGGUCCGC